AUGGCCAUGUUGUAGAUUGAUGCGCGCUUCUGUUGCCGCAUGCACUACUCCAGCGUGUGGUUUCUUGUGAAUAACACUACAGUCAAUAUCCCGUUUUGCAAUGGAGGCGUUUAACCAGAUAUUACUACAGUACCCGCCAUUUGUAGUUGGAGGUGUCGGAGCAACGGCGAUCGCUGCAGGAGGAGCGCUUAUCUACAGAAUUGCAACCAGGAAAAAACCAACUCAUGUCAAAGUGAAUUGUUGGUUCUGCAAUCAGGACACAAUUGUCCCCUAUGGGAACAGAAACUGCUGGGAUUGUCCAUACUGUGAACAGUAUAAUGGCUUUCAGGAGAACGGGGACUACAACAAACCCAUUCCUGCUCAAUACAUGGAGCAUCUCAACCAUGGCAUUUCGGCCGGUGUCCCGGAGUCACCGAAGACCCUGCAGUGGGUCAACUGUCAAAUGCUUCUGUGCAAGAAGUGCAACAACAACCAGACUCUGAAGAUUAAACAGCUGGCCUCGUUCAUCCCCAGGGAUAAUGAAAACUAUGAUGAGGAGAUUGAGGUAUAUAAGCACCACCUUGAGCAGACCUACAAGUUGUGCCGGCCGUGCCAGACGGCAGUGGAGUACUACAUCAAACACCAGAACCGACAGCUGCGGGCUCUGCUCUUCAACCACCAACUCAGACGCAGUCGGGAUGCUGAUAAAGCCUUUAUUAAGAACACCUACUCACUCGCCACACCAGCCUGGUUGAUCUUGCUCAGAGUCCUUGCGUUUUUAGCCUGUGCCUUCCUUGUAGCUGUGGCUUUGUCUGGAUCUGGAGAUGUGGCCUCCUCCAUCUCGCAGACAUUAAGCGGAGGAGUCAACCCACCUAAACGCCCCCUCCAAAAUGACAGCGAAAGCAAGACUGAGGAGGGCAGCAUGAUGUGGGAUGAUCUGGUGGGUCUUCUGCCGGAAAAGGCUGUGGAGAACGCUCGACUCGUCUGGCAGUCCGGAAGUGACCAUCAGAUGGCCGUGGCCUCCGUUGGUCUCCUAACUUGCAUCACAGGUGUCUUAAUGGCAGGACCUGUCAGGUUGAGGAGAAUUGACGCUGUGGCCUCUGUGCUUUGGCUCCUGGUGAUAUGUUUUUACCUGGCCGAGUGUUACCUCAAGACGGACAUCCCUGAUUGGUUGGAAACGGUCAAGUUGGGCAUCACUUCUGUGUGUUGUCUGGUGGGAUUCGCUGCCGCUGUGGCAACACGCAAAUCCAUGAGUCAGAGAAGAGCCAGAGGUCGCAGGUAUCUGUCUGGCAGUUCUCCUGGGCCGUACUACAGUAAUCACUGUCCCUCGCUGUCUGCACCUGUGUCUGCAUCCUCUACCUUCAUCCCAACUCCUCCCCCCAACCUGUCACAGCUGCUCAUCCGCCAGCAAAGCCACAGAAUGCGCAAAGCCUCGCCCUCCUCGCUGCCUGGGCGACUCAACAGGGCCCUCUCUCUGGGAACUAUCCCCUCCCUCGCACGAGCAGAUUCAGGUUUCCUGUUCAGUGGGAGUAGACCAUCUUCACAGUGUAAAGACUCUCCACCUUCAGAUUACUUCUCUCUAAAAUCUGGAAGCCGACCCUCCUCUCCUGGACCAUCUCCAACCCCUUCCGUGGCAGGGUCCGUCACUUCCACCUCCAGCUCCGCCAGGCAGCGCCGGCCACUCAUCAGUCCGGCCAGACUCAACAUCAGUGGGCAAAAGCUGCGGCUCUUUUCCUCUCCUCUGGAGCCUUCAAGUUUGACCUCACCACCUCCGUUUCUUUCAGAGCAAAGCCACGUGCACAGCGGAGGAUUCUUGCCUGAUGUUCCACACUUCCAUUCACAGAAUCAUGGUUCACUGAUCGAUGAGGGCAGUGUGUUUGAGCAUGUGGAGAAGCGAAUGGGCAGCUCCUCCGGUUCUUCAAACUGCCGUGUAGACACGACCACAGGAAAUGGAACUGACAACAAGCCUGGAUGGAAAGGGUUUUUGGGCCUGACACUUUGGCCUGGUCUACUGUUUGCCAGCCUGACCAUUAACUUAAGCUUUAUCGGUUUCUAUCUUUAUUACAAUUGGAGAUGAGCAUAUAGAAAAGACCUGUUCAAGGUCAACCUGGAAUGUACACUGGUCGUUGUCACCUGCGUGCUCAGUAAAUCUAUAUCACGGAAAUACAUGGAUAGCAUUUCCCUUGGGUGACGACUACAACUUUAUUCUUGCUGCUCAACAAUUGUGGAUAUAAUAAUGGAGAAUAAAGGAAUUCUCAAAUAAAUGAGAAGACCGUAUCCUCUUAACUUGAGCUCUGUUAAAUACAGCUGAGAUUCUACAUUAUGCCGCAAAGUAUGAUGUUAGCUUUGUAAAACAUGUUUUUGUGCAUGUUCAAUCAUUUUUUGUGUUUUUAAACACUGGAUGUGUUUCAGACUGAAUGCUUGUGCUGUUUAAUUUAACAGAAUGAUGUCUGUUGGGCAUGUGUUGCAUCUUUAUAAAAAAUCUAUUUGACGACUUUGCCAUAUUGCUGUACAUUUAAGUGUUUCUGUUUAUCCUACAUCCUGAAAGAAGAAUUCCAUGUCAUGUCAUUAUCGUAAUGAUGUGAUAUUAUAAAGUGCAAUAUGUUUGUGUUGAUCUACUUUUGUUAACAAUGUGACACUGAAAGAUUUGGUGUAGCAAAUGUCUGUUACUGUGUCCAUUAAGCCUCUGACUGUUUUAUGAUUUAACUCAUAAUGUCAAGGGAAAACAGGAUAAUUGAAUAUUUUGUACAUAAAAUAAAGGUGUUUCAAUUACCAGAUUGAAAUAAAUCUCCAUUGUAAUAGUUAUACAU